AUGAUCCCCAAGGAGAAGGAACCUGUGAUGAGUGCCAUGGGGGACUUCACUGAACCAGUCCCUUCCUUAGACCUGGGCAAGAAGCUGAGCAUACCGCAGGACUUGAUGAUGGAAGAGCUGUCGCUGCGCAACAACCGAGGCUCCCUCCUGUUCCAGAAGAGGCAGCGCCGUGUGCAAAGGUUCAUCUUUGAGCUGGCAGCCAGCCAGCGGGAGAUCCUGGCUGGAAGCACCAAGGGAAAGGUGACCAGAACCUCAGAGCCAGAUACCUUGGGAGCUAUCAAUGGCCCCAAAGGACAGAACUACCGCUCGGAGCUCCACAUCUUUCCGGCCGCGCUUGAGGGCUCCCAGGACGCCUGCCCCGCAGCAGCCACCAUGGCGGAGCGUCCCCGCAGCCCCAGUGCCCUGGCACCUGGCUACACAUCUCCCCUGAAGAGCGUCCCUCCGGAGAAGUUCAACCACACAGCCAUCCCUAAGGGUUACCGCUGCCCGUGGCAGGAGUUCGUCAGCUACCGGGAUUACCAGAUCAACAAUGCAAGUCACGCCCCCACCCCGGCCGAUUAUCGCAACUUCAACAAGACCCCAGUACCAUUUGGAGGACCCCUUAUUGGGGAUGCUGCCCCCAGGGCAGCCACACCCUUCGUCCCGGAACUCCCCAGUGGCUUGGAACUCCUCCGCCGCAGACCCAGCUUCAACAGAGUGGCCCAGGGCUGGGUCCGCCACCUCCCGGAGUCCGAGGAGCUGUAG